AUGUCGAAUGAAAAGUCCUUCGAUAUCAAGAAGUUCCUUAUUGAUCUCGCCUCCGGAGGUACCGCUGCUGCCGUCUCCAAGACCGCUGUUGCCCCAAUUGAGCGUGUCAAGCUUCUACUCCAGGUUCAAGAUGCCUCGAAGACCAUCGCUGUUGACAAGAGAUACAAGGGUAUCAUGGACGUCUUAGUCCGUGUGCCAAAGGAGCAAGGAGUUGCUGCUCUCUGGAGAGGAAAUCUCGCUAACGUCAUCAGAUAUUUCCCAACUCAGGCCCUCAACUUCGCCUUCAAGGAUACCUACAAAAAGAUUUUCCUUGAGGGACUCGAUAAGAAGAAGGAUUUCUGGAAGUUCUUUGCCGGAAACUUGGCCUCUGGAGGAGCUGCUGGAGCCACCUCCCUCUGCUUCGUCUACCCACUUGACUUCGCCCGUACACGUCUUGCCGCUGAUGUUGGAAAGGGAGCUGGCCGUGAAUUCAAGGGUCUUGCUGACUGCUUGGUGAAGAUCGUCAAAUCUGACGGACCGAUCGGACUCUACAGAGGAUUCUUCGUCUCCGUUCAAGGAAUCAUCAUCUACCGUGCCGCUUACUUCGGAAUGUUCGACACCGCUAAGAUGGUCUUCACUGGAGAAGGACAGAAACUCAACUUCUUCGCCGCGUGGGCUGUUGCCCAGGUUGUCACCGUUGGAUCCGGUAUUCUUUCUUAUCCAUGGGACACUGUUCGUCGUCGUAUGAUGAUGCAGUCCGGACGCAAGGAUAUCCUCUACAAGAACACAUUAGACUGUGCCAAGAAGAUCAUCCAGAACGAAGGAAUGGGAGCUAUGUUCAAGGGAGCCCUCUCGAACGUCUUCCGUGGAACCGGAGGAGCCCUCGUUUUGGCCAUCUACGACGAGAUCCAGAAGUUCCUUUAA